CACUUUGAGAUCCACGGAAAGUUCCAUUCAGUCCAAUGUUUGAUCAUGAUCAUUUGCGCAUGUGCUUUGAUAGAUGCCGGCAGAGCGCAGCCCUGACACGCAAAACAUCAUACUCAUACAGCAUGCGAUUGUCUGAUGAGAGCGAUCUCUGCAUCGAGUAAAUCGUUAAUCAUCAUAGCUCCUCGAUCACCACGGCGACCGUUAGUAAUUUUAGUUCUUGCACAAAUCUCGAUUUUUUUUUCGCCGAUCUGAUUUUGUUUCCUCAGAUCCAAUGAGGUAAAGGUCUGUCUCUGUCUUUCUAUUCAAAGUUCACAAACUUUCGUAAACGCAGCAUCCUGGUAAAGCACACUAAUCUUAAUCCAUUUUCAAUUUUUUGGCAGUGACGUUGAAGAACGUAUGAAAGCCGUAUUGUGUCACCCUCACCGAACGUGAGCGACAGCUUUUAUCUAUCAUAGAGGUGUGCCCUCUUGAUAUUUUCGUCUUAAUAUUAUCCCCACCUGACGUAUUAAAAGUACCAGACUACUUCACCCUUGACAUGGAGCUGAAAGUCACCCCGGCGGUGGAAGUGAGUUCCGUUCUCGUUGCAUUGGAGGCCCUGGGACUACACUCCGUCGUCGAAGUAAAGCGCGAAGAUGCAGGGGGCGAGGACGUCCAGCUUACCACGAAAGACGGUGAAUUUUUGACUUUUGCGAAUGUCAUCCUGCGACACCUGGGCGAGUGUGCGCCAAAUAACGAACUUUACGGCGAUCUCAGUGUGCAGGAAAAAGCGCAGGUAUGUGAUGUCGUCUCCUGUAUUAUUGUAUUCGCGUUCUCAGCAUCAAAAAAUAAAGAUACAAAUCGAAGUCGCGCGGGGGUGCGCGCAUCAGAAAAUGAAAAGUAGCCGAGUACAAAAAUGAAAUCAUCGAAGAAGAAAUCAAAUUGAGCAGCAUCAUAACUGAAACUAGAAAAGAAAAAGUCGACUAAUCUUCUGGUAAUAAUAAAGAAAGCACCAUCUUCUCUACCGCAUGAUGAAAAAAAAUAACGUACAAGGUCGACGGCUGGUUGGCAUGGGGCGCGAACGAACUCGUGAGUAACAAGAAAGACGUCGCAAAGGCUUGCGCCACCCUGGAGGGCCACUUGACCACCAGGACCUGCAUGGUCGGCGCCAGCUGCACGCUAGCCGACGUACAUCUUGUGUGCGAGCUAGUUCACCGAUUAGUGGAAGAUACUGACACUUCCCUCGAACAGAUGCCAGUCCGGGCGGACUCGGUAAGCCAACAUAAACUUUUCAUUAUGGCGUUCGUAUGAAAAUAAGUGAAUAAUUGCAUCGUGGCGUGAAGAAUAAAAAUGAUUUUCGGCAAAUGAACAACUAUCGAGAAAAUUAAUCAAAAUUUUGCGCGACCGCCGCCGGGUAGUCAAGCUAUUCCUUUCCCCUGCGCUGCAAAAAAGGUACUGGGCAGGUGGAUUUCCAAAUCAAUGACGAGCGUUCCCGCACUGGGGACGACGUUGACUGCAAUGUUGGAAAGUUCCCGAGCGCGCGUAACGGCUCUCAAGAAGGAGAAGCAGCCAUUCCAGCCAGAACUGGUCCGGAUGCAGAAGAUGAAAGCCAUCUUGGGCGAAGGCAACAAACCCAGCGCACCGUCCGCCCCGAAGGCGAAGGCGCAGCAGCAGCCUGUGGUUGGCGGCGGUCUCGCGCCUGUGGAGGAGGACCCAAAUCAAGAAGCGAAGGAGGUCGACGAGGAGAAGGAGGCGCGGAAAGCGGCAAAGAAGGCCGCAAAGGAGGCUGAGAAGACGGCCAAGGCGGAGCGCAAGAAGGCUAUCAGAUGCAAAUUUGUCUGGGAGUUUGGAACAUCACAGCAGUUGUUAGUUUGGCAUGCAGCUAUAGCUUUUGCCUCACCGACAGAGGUCCUCUGGGAGUCUUCACAGCAUGUAGCAUCAGAAGUAGAGGUGUUUUUAUUACGAAGGCCUCUCACUCUCACCGAGACCGAGUCUCCAUGCAAGUUUAGAGAGAUUUUUCACCGUGUACGUGCUGAGAAGAGAGCAACUCCUGCUACUCACAACCCACGAGCAGACUUUUGCGUGACGGAUGGAGAGCGCCACAAGUUUGGAUGUUUCCAGCGGACCAAGAGUAAGACACAUUUGCGUUGCAUAAAGGCCGAAGAGGAACGAAAAAAAGGCGGAAAGAACAAGCUCGGCGAUGUUCCUGAGUACCGGCUCACCGAAGACUUUCCGAACCCGGACACCACGGGCCCGUACGGCAAUCUGUUCAUCCAGUCGGAGUGCAAAACGAACCGCACGUGGCGGCAGUUGGGGUCGCUUGGUGAAGCGGACGUGGGCCAGGACAUCUGGGUGCGAUGCCGAGUGCACAACGCGCGUAUUCAGGGGAAGCGCUCGUUCGUGCUGAUCCGCCAAAACCUCCACCUCAUGCAGGUUAUGGUGGACCCGGAAGUCAUCGACACCGCGCUGCAAGCUGCACCGGAAAGCGAAAUAGGGAAAAAGGUUCUUAUUUUUUUCAUGCAGACGUGGGUGCACUACGUGCACGUUGCCAAACUGGUACUGCUGGACAAGCCGCGCUGUAAGGCUGGCACUUGGUUUAUGUCUGUGUGUUCGAAGUAGACAUCAUGUUUUUCAUUUCUAACAUGGACUUUCACCACUGCCCUCCAGGUCGUUGCAUUUGCCAAAGAGCUGACGAACGAAAGCGUGAUCGACGUCCUGGCGACGGUGACCAAGCCGCCGGCACCGAUACAGUCCGAUAUCCUGACAAUCAAGCAGUACGAGCUCCUGGUAAAAAAGUUGUAUUGUGUGAGUAAGGCAAAAGAGCUGCCGUUUCAGCUCGCGGACGCCAGCCGGCCUAUGAACGAGGGGGGGGACGGCGUUCAGGUGCACCUGGAAACCCGCUUGAAUCACCGCGUGAUCGAUCUGCGGACCCGAGCGAACCAGGGCAUCUUCCGCAUCCAGUCUGGUGUCUGUACUUUUUUCCGCGAAUUCUUGUUGCAAGAAGGCUUCAUAGAGAUCCACUCCCCGAAAAUGCUCGCCGGGGGCUCCGAGGGUGGUGCCGAAGUCUUCCGAGUUGAUUACUUUCCCAAGUAAGGAUGUUUGCUACUUGUUCGCUGCUCUCAUCUUCCUUUGCUUUUGGUGUUGCGUAGUUUAAACCUAGGACUGCGGCAGUAGAGCUUCAGCACUGUUCAAGAACUACAAGCUGUUUAUUUUUAGAUGUGUUCCUCCUUGAAGAUGAAAUCUAAAUUUACUUGAGUGACGAUUUUGAAUGUUUCCGAUAUUGAAAAGGAAAUCGUAUUUUACUUCUUUUCCAGGUACGGUCUCAACAACGCGUUUCUCGCACAAAGCCCCCAGCUCUACAAACAAAUGGCCCUGAUGUGCGAUUUCCCGAAGGUGUUCGAGAUCGGACCCGUUUUCCGGUCCGAAGACAGCUUUACCCACCGGCACAUGACCGAGUUCAUGGGUCUCGAUAUGGAAAUGCACUUCGUCGAACAUUAUCACGAAGUGCUGGACGUAUCAAAAAUUUGACUUUUUUACGCUUUUGGUUCAUAUGGUGGCGCAUGAAUACGAAUAGUAUUCGUAUCUAAGGCAGAUAUGACGUAGUACUAGUAGUUGUGUACAUCUACAUUCUUCUAGGCGCUUUGAGCGCGAACAGUCAUGGAGUCGAAACUGAAGUAGUACUAUCGAAAAAUCGGCAAGGCCCUUAUUUGUUUUGGAAUCAGGUUCUGGAUCGAUGUUUCCGCUACAUCUUCAACGCAUUAAACGACCGGUGCAGUGCAGAGAUCGAAGCGGUGCGGCAGCAGUUUCCCUUCGCUAACAUGCUGUACAACAAGGACAGUCCCUGCAAGAUCUUCACCUUCAAGGAGGCGAUCGACCUCUUGCGGACCGAGGGGCCGGCUGUCGCCACCGAGCAGAUUGCGAACUACGAGAAGCUCGCGAACGAGACUACCGACGCCGAGGAGCGCACUCGGCUCUGGGACGUCGCGGAGAAAGCGAUGGAGCACCGGGCCACGCUUGCCGAGAAGCCAUACCUGGAAGACGUGUCCACCAAGGACGAGAAGAUCCUCGGCGAAAUCGUCAAGCGAAAGUACCAAACCGAGUUCUACAUCAUCGACAAGUUCCCCGCGGCUGUCCGUCCCUUUUACACCAUGCCCGAUCCGAAUAACCCCGAAUGGUCCAACAGUUACGACAUUUUCAUGCGCGGCGAAGAAAUCAUGAGCGGUACUUGAUACCUACGUUUAUGACUUCUACUACGUCUACGACUACGUAAACAAAAAAAUGUAAAGACUGAGAUCACACGAACUUUUUGCUAAAUAUUCUGCAACUGUCGAGGUCGUCGACAUUACAACUAGGGACCUGACAACUACAGUAAAUGCAAUUUCUCCCGCCCAUUUCUUGAUCUUCUCCAUUAUUCGUGACUUUCCUUUGUAGCCAAACGAUUGCAGUACUGAAAAAAUUUCGCAGGUGCCCAGCGCAUUCACGACCCGGAGCUGCUUGUAAAACUCGCAAAGGAGAAAGAAAUGGUUCCCGACCAGUACUACACAGACAGUUUCAGUAUGGGUGCCUUCCCGCACGCGGGUGGUGGAGUGGGUUUGGAGCGCGUGGUCAUGUUGUUUCUAGGUCUAGACAACAUCCGUCGCACCAGUCUCUUCCCUCGCGACCCCAAGCGAUUGACGCCUUAGAUGGAUUCACAGCAACAACAUCAGCAUGUGAUCCUAUUUACAUUGAAACCCAAGCGACCACCAUGAAAAAUAAGCUGGUGUCGUCGUAUUGUCGUCGAUGACGAAGAGCCUCUACCGCUCUGAGAGGGGAAUAAUUAAAAAAGUUCGUGCUUCCAUACGAUGAAGAUCUUCACCGACUCUGACGCACAGCUAGUUGCCCGAUGAAUGUUUAGAUGAAGCAACUCCCAUGUAGUUCUUUACAUUGGAUUCCGAGAAGACAAAAACUUGAACGCAUCAGCGUGAUCAUAUGUGUUUUGCUCAUAAUGUGGCCCCUAUCUCCUCCUUGCAGCAGAACUAAAAACGGAGGACAAAAU